AUGAGUGAUUUAAAUAUAUUUGUUACAUCUAAUUUGACAUCAUCAGAAAGAAGAAUUUCUCCACAAUGGGAUUUAAAUUAUUUAAAACAAAGAUUGGAAUUAAUUACUGGUAUUCAACCUGAAAAUCAAAUUUUACAAUAUUAUCCAAAUCAACAUUCAAAUGAAUAUUCAAUUAUAUCAAAUUCUAAUGAAUAUAAUUCAGAAAAAGAUUCUAAUAUUUUAUUAUCUUCAUUGGGAUUGAAACUGUAUAGUAGAAUUCAUGUUGUUGAUUCAGAUCCAAAUAGUGCAGUUAAUACAUUAGAUGAUAAAGAAAGUAGUAUUCUUGCCACAACUACAAAUAAUGAGAAUAAUCCUGGAUUUGAACUUCUGGAAGAAGAAUAUGCUAAAAGAAAUGAUACUGUAUUACAAUGGAAACAAGCUAAUAAAUUAGGUCGAUUUAAUCCUGAAUAUACUUCAUUACAAGAUAAAUUACAACAAGAAAAUGAAGCUAAAUUGAAAACUAUGCAAGUUGGACAAAGAUGUAGAAUAAUUAAUAUUGAAGGUGAAAGAAGAGGUGUUAUUAAAUAUAUUGGUAAAAUCCAAAAUUUAGAUUCAGGGAAAAAUGUAUGGGUUGGUAUUGAAUUUGAUGAACCUGUUGGUAAAAAUAAUGGUAUUAUUGAUGGAGUUAAAAUAUUUGAAUGUAGAUCAAAUCAUGGUAGUUUUGUUAAACCUAAACAAGUUGAAGUUGGUGAUUUUCCUGAAUUGGAUCCAUUUGCUGAAGAUGAAGAUAUGGAUGAAGAGUUGUAA